AUGCUUGGGACCGAAUGCACCAACAAAAUUGUACCCCAAAACUCGCCACAGUUCAAAACAAAAGAUCUGGAUCAUCCAAACCCCAUCGAACGGACCGGAACGCUAGGCUUCAACGCGUUGAAGCGGACGGACAGCCCAACCCGCGCGCGGCGCGCCAGGUCCUCUUCCCCGCGCCCCGCGUUCGAAACUUUCUCCGACCGCCAUCCGACUGCGCCGCGGCCUCCAGCUCCCCCACAGGCGCGUCCGGUACUGGGCGGGUCCGUGGCCGCCGCCGGGCCGCCGGCCUGCCUGCUGCGCCGCCUCGGGCCGAAGCCCCCUCCUGCGCCGCCUCACGCCGGGUCCCAUCCGGCCGGGCUGCCUCCAGCGCGGCCUCCGGGCGGAGCCCUCUCCGGCCGGGGCGCCUCCUGCGCCGCCUCCCGCCGGCCCCAUCCGGCCGAGCUGCCUCCGGCGCGGCGUCCGGGCGGAGCCCCCUCCGGCCGGGGUGCCUCCUGCGCCGCCUGCGCCUCCAGCGCCGCCUCCGACCGGGCCGCCUCCUGCGCCGCGUCCGGACGGGGACGCCGGCGGACGGGCCGCCUCCUGCGACGCCUCCGGACGGCCUCCGGGUGGGCGGGCAGCGUGCGCCUUGCGGCUGGCGGCGUGGGCGUGCGGCAUGCCCGGCGCGCCUCGUGCCCGGCGUGCGGCCAGUCGUUCUUGGCUCCAUUUCUUAAAUCCGAGCAUUUGGGGAGCUUUUGGUUGGUUUGA